GCGAAACUCCCCUCGUUCGCGGAGCCGAUCUCCAAUGUCACUGUGGCCGCUGGUCGGACAGUUACGCUGUCAUGCGUCGUCGAAAACCUCGGCGGUUAUAAGGUGACUUGGAUGCACAUCAAUCGCCAUAUGCUCAUCUCGAUGGACCGUCAAUUGAUCACGACCGAUCCCCGUUUCGCCAUCAGCUCGAAUGGCGAACGCACGUGGUACUUGACCAUCUCGAAGGUCCAGGACAUGGACAAGGGCGAAUACAUGUGUCAAAUUAACACGAACCCCAUGAAAAAGAUGAUGGGACACCUACACGUUGUCGUACCGCCGAAAAUCGACGAGGAGUUCACGUCAAGCGAGGUCACGGUCCGCGAGAACGCCAACGUGUCGCUGAAAUGUCGGGCGACAGGCAACCCAAAGCCCGAUAUCCGGUGGAAACGCGAUCACGACCUCAAAAUCUUCACCUCGCCCGAGGACAAAGGAGUUAUCCUCCACCAUGGCGAGUAUCUCAACAUGAGUCGAGUUCUCCGCCACAUGAUGGGUCCGUAUUUCUGUAUCGGGUCCAACGGAGUCCCACCCUCGAUCUCCAAGCGGAUCAAGGUCAAUGUCGCAUUUCCGCCGAUGACAUGGAUCAAGGAGCAACUCCAGGGAGUUUUUAUCGACGAAAGUGUGAAUCUCACGUGUGAGAUAGAAGCCUAUCCCAGAGGGGAAGUGUUCUGGACACGUGACGAUGGAGACCGAAUCGAGCGCUCGGAACUAUUCGAUGUCUCCAUGGUGCCGAGAGGUCCAGAGUAUCGUUACGAUGUCGUCCUCACAAUUCAUAGAGUGCGACAUGACGACCUGCGUUCUUACAAAUGCGUAACAAAGAACGCUUACGGCGAGAACGAGGCAACGGUCAACUUAGUCCAAACUCUACGACCAACGCAGCCGACCACGAAAGCAACGAGACCUCCAAGAAAACCUAAGACGAAAAAGCCGACCUCAACUCCCAAGUUCAGCCAUCCCACGAAACACCACUCGACAAGGAUCACGUCAACGGAGCCCUACGAAGAACAUCCAUCGAACAACGAAAUCGGUCUCUACAGCGAUUCAACGGCUGAUCUGAAAGCUUCUUCCUCACUGAUCUCCUUCUUCAUUGUUGCACUGUUUGUCUUCAGUCAAUGGCGGUUAUUACAAGCCGCUCGACAUUAA